CAUAUCAACGAUGGACGAGAACGAGAGCAAACCUCCUCUAGAUGGAUUUCAGAAGAUGGCGUUGUCCAUGUGGAUAGUCUUCUGCAUCUUCGGUUUUACGUGGUUCAUAUCCAAGGUAAUUGCGGGUCGUCAUAGGAUGCGGAUGAACUUCGAUAACAUCGAACAGCAGCUGCUGAAGUUGCAAAAGUCCAUCGAAGAGCAGGAGGCCAAAGAUAAGAAUAAAGCAUUAACAUACAAAGAAGCCGAAGCCGAAGCGGAAGAGAUACAGCAGGAGGUGAAUGAGCCCGACAAGAAAACCGAUUAAGCCAUUGCGCACUUUCAUUGUCGU